AUUACUUCAGAAUGUGUAAUCUAUAGUAAAAAAAAGUAGGAAAUUGUCUAAUUUUAGUUAUUUCACACAUGACCUUUUUAUUGACAUCGAUGAUGAGUAUGCAUGUCUUAAAUUUGUUUACGGAAUUCAAAAAGUAUAUAAACAAUGGUUCGACUUUCUUGGGACAUAACUUUAACAGCAUUCAAGCUACACUACUACUGUAGAACUAAGACUUGUGUUUAUAUCUACCGUAAAGAUGAAAGUAGCAUUUAUUGUAUGUUGUCUCUUUGCUGUUGUUUACUAUUGCCAUGGAUCCUGCUGGGUGAUACCUCCUACUUCAGGUCAGAAUAACGUGUAUGACACAUGUUUCUUUGCUGGCGAAAUAAUGUAUCCCGGUUCUACAAUUACAAGGAACUGUAUGAGUUGUUUCUGUGGACAUUCCAGUGGCGGAUAUCUCAAAUGUUGCACAGUUGGAAAUAAAGUUAAAAAAAUCCCUGACGACUGUAAAAAGAUAGUAUCUUCAGAUGGUUGUUAUGAACACGUUGUGAAAGCAUCAGACGAGAGCAGCAGUUGUGAAUAUGGUGUCUCUAUGGUAGGACGAUGAUAAAGAUCUAUAAUGAUGAAAUCCAAACUUCUCAGGGAUAACAUUGGAAACAAGUAGCCGAGCCGAGUUAUCGGUCACGUGAAUGUCACCAGUGACGUUACAAGUGGUGCCGUUUCCAGUUAAUCUUUUCUACAAAUAUAUUUAUUCGUACAUAAUUA